AUGUUGCUCAUACCCAAGCGGUUCCUCACCAGAUCCCUUGUUUAUGUUUUGUUUUCUUGUCUCUCUUCUUUAGCUCAAACCCAAGCGGUUCCUCACCAGAUCCCUGUGACUGUGGCCAACGUUAGUGAUGAUGUGACUCUGACAUGUCCAGUCUACGGGGAUAGAGCCGGGGUGUUUUAUUGGUAUAAGGUGAAAUGCGGAUAUAUGGUCCAAAUAGUUGCUGAAGGAACGUUUGCUAAAGUAACACUGAAAAAUCAAUUUGACAACUCAAGAUUCACAGUCAUAAGGAUGGGGACUCAGUAUCACCUUAACAUCACAAAUGUACAAAAAGAAGAUGAAGCAACAUAUUUCUGUCAGUCUGGAUCAGCAUACGCAAUGCAUUUUACUGAAGGCACAUAUUUGGCUGUGAAUGAUCAUAAUAAUCAGCAGAAAUCUGUCUAUGUGAAGCAAAGUCCAGAAACCGUGUCGACCCAGCUGGGCGGCUCAGUGACUCUCCAGUGUUCACUUCUCUCCAAGAGCCAAGAAAACAGAGUCCGGUGUCCAGGUGAACACAAUGUGCACUGGUUCAGAGCUGGAUCAGGAUACUCCCAUCCAAGUGUCCUUUACACUCACAAUGACAGCAGUGAUGAACAAGAGCAGAGAAGCUGUGUCUACAGUUUGUCCAAAACUGUACAGGACUCUGACAAUGGGACUUACUACUGUGCUGUGGUCACAUGUGGACAGAUCCUGUUUGGGGAAGGAACUAAAGUGGAGAUUAGAACCAACAUGUGGUCACCAAAAAUUAUUUUCUUCUUGGCUCUAAGUCUGAUUGUUACAGUCUUCAUUUGUACCAUCAAGUGUGAUUGUUCCAAGGCUUCUGUCGCUCAACAGAAAAACAGCAGUGGUCAGGAAAAUCAACAGAGAGAUGAAGACACAUGGGUUUAUUCUGUGGUCGUCUUUACCGUGAUGAAAACUGACAGUUACGCAAGAAAGGAUGCAAAAGCAGCGGAGAAAGUGAAGAUCUACACUACUGUGAAGACUUUUGGAUUGGAUUAGUGAGCUACCAGGCCUCUGCUGGUACUGUGUGAUGUAGCUGAUGUUUGGAGCUAAUGGCUUUGUAAUAUGUGGCUAUUAGGCAGUGUACAAAUUAUGCUGUGCUUCAUUUUAAUGUUUCAAUUACAUUUUGUUGUUAUAUUUAAAAGAAGUUAGAUUUUAUGUAUGUUUUUCAAUCAUUUUUGUGCAAACUUUGAAAACAGAUAAACAAGACAGAAACCAUGUCUCCACUUCAUGUUUGGAUGGGGACCUU